AUGGAGAAUAGCACUGAGGUGAAUGAGUUUAGACUCUUGGGACUGACGGAUGCCCCAGAAUUGCAAGUCCCCCUGUUUAUAAUAUUCACGUUCAUAUAUCUCAUCACUCUCACUGGAAAUCUUGGGAUGGUCACACUGAUUCUGUUGGACUCUUGUCUCCACACCCCCAUGUAUUUUCUCCUCAGCAACCUCUCUCUGGUGGAUUGUGUUUACUCCUCAGCUGUGACUCCCAAGGUGAUGGCUGGGCUCCUUAUAGGAGACAAGGUCAUCUCCUACAAUGCGUGUGCGGCUCAGAUGUUCUUUUUCGUAGCCUUUGCCACUGUGGAAAAUUACCUGUUGGCCUCGAUGGCUUAUGACCGCUACGCAGCAGUGUGCAAGCCCCUCCAUUACACCAGCGCCAUGACCACAAGUGUGUGUGCAUGUCUGGCCAUAGGCUCUUAUAUCUUUGGUAUUCUGACUGCUGCUAUCGAUGUUGCGGACACAUUCUGUCUCUCUUUUUGUAUGUCCAAUGUCGUCCAUCACUUUUUCUGUGAUAUUCCAGCAGUCAUGUCUCUGACUUGUUCAGAUAAACACAUUAAUGAGCUGAUUCUUUUUCUUAUUUCGAGCUUUAAUAUCUUUUCCGCACUUCUUGUUAUUUUGAUUUCCUACUUGCUCAUAUUUACCACCAUUUUGAAGAUGCAAUCAGGUGAAGGAUACCAGAAGGCUUUAUCUACUUGUGCUUCCCACCUCACUGCUGUCUCCGUCUUCUACGGGACCGUCAUCUUCAUGUACUUACAGCCCAGCUCCAGCCACUCCAUGGACACAGACAAAAUCGCAUCUGUGUUCUAUACGAUGCUCAUCCCCAUGCUGAACCCUGUGGUCUACAGCCUACGGAACAGAGAAGUCAAGAGUGCAUUCAAGAAGGUUGUUGAGAAGGCAAAGUACUCUCUAGGUUUAAUCUUUUAG